CUUGUGUGUUCUGUAUAACCGUUUGAAUCUUCUUAUUGGUUUAGUAGAAUCGAAGGAGCCGGAUUUGUCGAAUAUGAAAGAUGGCAAUGGUGACACUAUUUUACACACUGCAGCAGCCUUGAAACGGAUGCAGAUAAUAAAAUACCUGGUCCAGAGUAGAUAUAAAGUGGAUGUGACACUACAAGAAAACAGGUCAAAACCGACCGCACAAAACCGACCGCCGCAUAUAAAACCGACCGACGGUCGCGUGGUCGGUUUUAACCCGUCGAAAUCACAAAACGGCGUCGACCUGGGUGACGUGGCAACAAAUAAAACCGACCGUCGGCAACGGUCGGUUAUAUGUAUGACAUGGCACUGUUAUAACCGACCGUUCCUUGUGGUCGGUUUUGUGUUCCGCGAAAAAAUAAUUAAAAAUUAAUUUAAAUAAAAAUAUCUGUGCGUCAGCCCCAUAAAACGACGUCGUUUUUUUUGUUUGGUACUAAAACCGACCGAUUAGUCGGUCGGUUUUAACCUGCAGCUUUUAUAUCACUUUUUAGCUAGUAGUGAGCUCCCAUUCACUUGAAAUAAAAAUCAAAGGAGAAGAAAGGAGCUAAAGUGGGGAAGAAUUAUUGCUUGCAAACAUUUCAAGUAAGUGAUUUUCAUUUCUUUGCAUUAAAUGUGUGUGUGGUGGGUGUGUUAAAUGUGUUUGUUAUAUUAAAUGUGUGUGUGUGUAUUGAAUGCUUGUAUUGAAUGUAUGAAAUUCAUGUCAAAUUAUUUGUUAAAUGUAUGUGUUAUUACAUUUGUGUAUUGAAUGUAUGUGUGUAUUGAAUGUAUGUGUGUGUUAAAUGUAUGUGUGUGUUAAAUGUAUGUGUGUGUUAAAUGUGUGUGUUAAAUGUGUGUUAAAUGUGUGUGUAGAUGACAAACUUGGAUCGAAGUUGGAUUAGUAAUCAAGUGCAAAGUGAUAAAAUUUCGUUAACUCCGGAAUAUAGGAAUGGUGUAGAAACUUUUUUAAAAUUUGCAAGUGAAAAUGGAAUGGGAGAAGAUGGUACAAUGAAGUGUCCUUGUAAACGUUGUAGGAAUUUGAAUUGGUUAAGUAUCGAUGAUGUUAGAUUCCAUUUACUUGCUAAGGGGAUGCUUGAGGGUUAUACCGUUUGGACAUCACAUGGUGAAGAAAGAGGAAGAAAACGUAGUCGAACAUCGCAUAAUCGUUAUUGUGUUCGGGAACCUACGAGGGUAGAACAACCGGUAGAUUUGAAUGCGAUGCUACAUGAUUUUGCCGGUGAAAAUUCCGAAUUUUAUAACAACGUGGAUACGGGAACUAGGAAUGUAGAAGAAGUUCCAAAUGAUAGUGCAAGAAAAUUGUAUGAGGUGAUUGUUGAAAAUGGAGCACCUAUUUAUCCCGGUAAUACGAAGUAUACAAGAUUAAGCUUUACCACAAAAUUGUUAGAAUUCAAGAAUAUCUCACAUUGUAGUAAUAAGGCUUUUGAUAGUUUGCUUACACUUUUUGCGGAUGUAUUACCAAAAAAACACACGUUGCCCCAAACUUAUUAUGAAAUGAAGAAGAUAAUGAAGGGUUUGAGGGUUGAAUAUCAAAAGAUUGAUUUAUGUGAGAAUGAUUGUAUGUUAUUUUAUGGAGAUGACAAGGAUAAAGUUGUGUGUGAUAUAUGUGGUCAAGAUCGUUAUCGGGAUGUUUUGAGGAAAGAUGGUAAAAAAAUACCAAAAAAAAUAUUGAGACAUUUUCCUUUGAUUCCUCGACUACAACGCUUGUAUAUGUCAAAACAUACAUCCGACCAUAUGAGAUGGUACAAGAAUCGAGAUGUCAAAGAUGGAGAAAUUAGUCAUCCCGCGGACGGAGAAGAGUGGAAAAAUUUUGAUCGUCGAUAUCCAUCAUUUGCUCAAGAAAUUCGUAAUAUAAGGCUUGGCCUUGCAACCGACGGUUUCAACCCAUUUGGCCCUACCGGGAAAAAAACAUAUAGUGUGUGGCCCAUAGUAGUAGUUGUCUACAAUCUUCCGCCAUCAAUGUGCAUGAAAAAACCCUAUAUGUUUAUGACCGAUAUAGUGCCGGGUCCGAAUAGCAUUGGCAAAGAUAUUAACGUUUGUCUAAGGCCUCUCAUUGAUGAAUUGAAGAUAUUGUGGAAUACAGGAAUUGAAACAUAUGAUCAAUCUUUGAAACAAAAUUUUACAAUGAGAGCGGCUCUUAUGUGGACAAUUAGUGAUUAUCCCGCUAUGAGUAUGAUAAGUGGAUGGUCGGGUAAAGGAAAAUUAGGAUGUCAAGUGUGUCUUGGAAGUGUGCAAGGGUUUCAAUUAAAACAUUGUGGUAAAUGUAGUUUCUAUGGCACGAACCGAAUAUUCCUUGAACCGAAUGAUCCACUACGUCGGAAAAGUAAUUUGUUUGAUAAUGCGGAAAGAAGAGUGUUUCGUGGUCGUUUGUCCGGGGAGGGUGUAAAGGAGUUGCUUGACGGUUUAGUUUUUCCACCACCCGGAAAGACUAAUACAAAGGCGAGGAGUAUUGGAUAUGGGGAAGAGCAUCAUUGGACUCAUGUUCCAAUUUUUUAUGAACUCCCUUAUUGGUCUUCACAUAGUUUACGAUAUUCAAUUGAUAUCAUGCAUACGGAAAAAAAUGUUUUUGAGAACCUAUUUUUUACUAUUGUGAAUGCGAAGAAGUCAAAGGAUCACAAAAAAGCAAGAGCGGAUUGCAAGCACUUUGGUGUGUUACCUCAUUUGUGGAUUGAUGAAAAUGGCAAGUCACCCAAAGCACCUUUUUCCAUUACAAGAAAACAACGUAAACUUUUGUGUGAAUGGAUUAGUUCACUGAAACUUCCAGACGGUUAUUCCUCAAAUAUAUCUCGUUGUUGUAAUGUUGAGGAGUGUACAUUUUAUGGAUUCAAAUCGCAUGAUUGUCAUAUAUUUCUUCAAAAAUUAUUGCCUCUUGCAAUUCGUGAGCUUUUACCGGCGCCUAUUGCGGAUGCCAUCACGGCAAUUGCAAAUUUUUUUCAAGAUUUGUGCUCAUCCACGGUUACAAAAACCGAUUUGGAAAUAAUGGAAAAAUCAGUUGUGAAAGCAUUGUGUUUGUUAGAAACAAUUUUUCCUCAAAGUUGGUUUGAUUCGAUGGAACACUUGGUUGUGCAUUUGGCGGAAGAAAUUAGACUUGCUGGACCUGCUUACUGGCAUUGGAUGUAUCCAAUUGAGCGUUUAUUGGGGAAACUAAAACAAAAGGUCGGCAAUAAAGCAAGAGUUGAGGGUUCCAUUGCCGAACGAUAUAUGGAGGAGGAGAUUGUCAAUAUUUGUGCGUUUUACUUUGCAUCCGACUCGAUUCACAAUAAAUUAAGUCGUAAUGAAGUUUUGUUUGAUGUACAAAAGACCGACAAAUUAGAAGUUUUUAAAUAUCCAUGUGAUUCUCUUGGAAAAGAACGAAGUCGAUAUUUGAAUGAUGAUGAGCAAUUAUUAGCUGAUGAAUAUGUUCUUCUAAACUCUCCUGAAGUUCAACCUUAUCUAAGGUAUGGUAUUUUAUAAUAAAUUUUUGUGAAGAUGUCGAUACAUUUUAUGAUAAAUUCAUGUUACUGACAUUUAUGCAUUAUUGUAGGAGGUACCAAGAUCGAGUUAUGAGACAACGUCCUGAGACAACGCCACAACAAUUAGAUCAUAUUGUGAAAACUCGAUUCAAAGCUUGGUUUAAGAAAAAGGUUGAGAAAGACGAGAUAGACGGACCUCGUUUCAUGGACUUACUAGAAGGACCGGCAUUAAAGGUCAUGACUUUUGAAACUUGUCAAGUUAAUGGAUAUAAAUUUUCAACAUCAUCCGCAUCCGGUUCCGGUGUUGUUGUUAAGGGAACUUUGCACGAAAAUAAUCUUGAUUAUUAUGGUCAACUAAUAGAAAUUGUGAGACUUAUUUAUCAAGGAUGCAAUCACGUAUAUUUGUUCAAAUGUAUUUGGUUUGAUAGUCUCGGAAAUGGUGUGAGGAUCGAUAAGAAUCGAGUGGUGACGGUUGAUAUAACUUCAAGAUUGAGAUCUAACGAAGUUUUUAUUUUAGCUAGUCAAGCCUCUCAAGUAUAUUACGCUCCUAGCGUAUUGGAUCCACGAAGCAAAAUAUAUACGGUGGUCAAAUCUAAAAGUCGUCCGAUUGAUGAGUCAAUUAUUGUGCAAAACGAUAUAGAGGAUGCUUUUCAAGAAGAUAGAUCUAAUGCCGCUAGCUCAUUUUCAUUAUUUGUUGAUUUUGCACAAUAUGGACAAAUACCAUUUAUUCGGCAUGAAAAUCAAGAUGAUGAUGAUGAUGAAGAAGACGAAUUGCGAGAUGAUGAAAAUCAAGAAGAUGAUGAUGAUGUUGAACACAAUGAAGAAGAGGAAGAUGAUAAUAAUGAAGAAGAGGAAGAUGAUGAAGAUGAUGACGGUUUUGAUGACUUUCAAUGAUGUUUAAUUUUGUGUAAUGAUUUAUAAUGGUGUAAUGAUAUACAAUGGUGUAAAUUUGUUGUUGGUAUUUUGUGAUGUUUGGUUGUUGAGGAUGCUUGGUUUUGAUUGUUUGGUUUGAUUUUGUUGUUGGUUUGAUUGUUUGAUUGGAAACUGCAGAUUUUGCUGCAAUUUUUUUAAAAUUUCACCAGCAAAACCGACCGAAUGGUCACAAAACCGACCACUUUUUACCAUAUUGAUGCCAGAAAACCGACCACAUUCGACUAUAACCGACCGUUCUCAUCACAUAAAACCCAGAAAACCGACCGUCUUCAACAGAAUUCGGUCGGUUAUGAGACGGUCGGUUAUGUGAAUCAGGGUGACCUACUGCCACAAACCCGACCGGCUCAUAACCGACCACUUAUAACCGACCGUGGCAGGAUUUGACCUCGGUCGGUUUUGCGUAAAACUCAGUCAAAGUUUUCAUAUUUAAUUUGUCAUAAUAUAUAUAUAUUAUAAUAAAUAUAAUGUCCCAGAAAACCGACCGUACUCAAGUAAAACCGACCGAGCUUCUCCAGAAAACCGAC